UCAUACUACUUCCCUGGAGUAAAUGUGAGGAAGGAGUAAAAGUGGUAUAAAUAUGGAUUUGGAUAGCAAAAUUUCUGCCCUAAAAGAUUUUACUUCCUUUGGAUCUUCAUCGAAAAAUGACUCAUCUUCCUCACGGAUCAAUCAAAGUUCGAAUUCUUCUUCCUCGAAUGGAUGGGGAAAUUGGAUUGCUAAAGGAGAGAAGGACCCAUUUUUACCCUCUUUGUCUAAAACACAACGAAUCACAGGUUUCUUUCUGUUGCUGCUGUUAGGAAUCUUCUGCUUUGUAAUGGCUGGUCUUAUUGCACCUGUUAUGCUGUUAAAGGCAAGAAAAUUUGUCCUUCUCUACACAAUGGGAAGUUUGUUUACCAUAGGAAGUUUUUCUUUACUCUGGGGUCCAGUCAAUCAUGUCAAACAUCUGUGUUCACUUGAAAGGCUUCCUUUUACUGCUGCUUACUUUGGAUCAAUGUUUGCAACACUUUACAUGGCCAUGAUUGUGAAGAGUACAUUGUUGACAGCAGUUUGUGCUUUGGUCCAAAUUCUUGCCCUAGUAUGGUACUUUGUCAGCUAUAUUCCUGGUGGGACAACAGGCAUGAAAUUUUUUACCAAGCUUUUCUCAUCUGCCGUAACAAAAACAGUUUCUAGCACCCUUCCUGUCUAGAAAUGGAUAUUUUUUAGUCAGCUUGACACCCUGCCCCAGAGGUAGUAAAUGGACUGCAGAUUAGGAAUUUAAUUUGUCCGAUGAUAUGUAAUUUCACCAACGGAGCAUGGUAGCUCUGUAUCCAUUUGCGGAAUGGUUUAAUUGGUCAGGGGGUUGCUGUGACAAAUUUGGUACGUGAGAUGUCGGUAUUAUGGAUGGAAAGAUGGCUGCUGACCGACAAGAAGGCAUGUUUACCUAACUUUCAAGGUGAGGGCUGUUGGUCGCUAAGGACAAUAACUUCCCUGAGCGUGGAAAUCAAACGAAUACCCUCGUGAAAACUGCGUCGAGAUGACAAAGACUCAAGAAAAGUGUAAUUUGAACGAGGCCUGGGAUUGAAUUUCAGCAGAUGAUGUCUAUCACGCAUAAAGGUCAUUCACCAUACGCGUGUCACGUCCGCCAUUUAGCUCAUCGCUAAGUUGCAAAGUAUUUACAAACGAUCUAGAUCUGGCGGCGGCUGCAAUACCGGUGACUUCGUACAAACUCAUUCAUAAAGUAAAAAACGAUGACUUUAAUUAUAAAGAAAACGCCGAUUAUUAUCUUUUAUGAGCCAAAGGUUUUUAAAUCAGUUGAGGUACAGGGAGGGGCAAGGAAGAUUUAGGUUUUCCCAUCUAUAGGAGUACAUCGUUGGAUUGAAGAAGAAAUCCAACAUAAUUAAGAGGUAAGUUCCUAAAGAAAAUGUGGUGCUGCGUCGGUGGGAGGGUAUAGCAGGUAAUUUAGUGUUAACAACUGAGUUGAAAACGUAAAUUGGCCACCGUAAAGGGUAAAAAAGCUGACGUUUCGAGCGUUAGCCCUUCGUCAGAGCGAUUGUGCGUAAAGUGAGGAAGAUUUGCUGAGGUGUUAGUUAAAGUGCUCCAGCUAUCUCUAUUGUGACUUGAAGAAGUCUUUCAGCAGUGUAGUUUAAGAAUGUUGGUUAGGAAAGGGACUUCAUUUCUGUGAAAGGUCUUGGAAAGGCCUACCCAUGGGAUCAAACGUGAGGGGGUAAAAGAUAUGUUUAAUGCCCUUCUUUUACCCUCAGGGUAGCUCCUUUAUAGACUCUUCGCUGCUAUGAUGUUACUUAUCAACGAGGUUUUAAUUAAAGAUUUCUCAAUUUAUUGACA